AUGAUUGAUUACGACAAGGGGAGUUUCGUUAGAGUGUCAGUCGAAGAUAAAUCAACAGUUAUUCGAAAAUCCUCGUUGUGUUGGUUGUUAGAUCAGGCCAAAGACAAAGUAAGCUCUGAUCGACUGAGAAGAUUCAUUGGAAAUCGUCCAAAAAGUCUGAAACCUGAAAACUUACAAGUAAAGUCUCAAAUUAAAACUGGAGAUUGGUGUGUAUUUGAAUACACUAAACUGAAAAAUAACAAAUGUGCCAUAAAAGAUUGUUUGCUUGGACGGGUAUUAUCGUUUGGCUAUUUAGAACCUUCCAGCAAGAUCCUUUGUCCAUAUUGGGCCUUAGUCCAAAGUAGAGAAGAAGGAAUUGGAUGUCAUUGUGCUUGGUACUCCAUCGAUGAGGUAGGAAUAUUAACAGCAAUAGAUACUGAUACCAAAGAAAUAUGUGAAAUAUCUAUACAAAUGUUCUAUUCCUUAUCCUAUCAUACAAGAAAAUAA